AGGGAAAUAUAUCGAACGGCGGUGUGUGAGAACUGUGUCUCGGAGAAGGAAAAGGACAUCAUGGCUUUUUUGCCUGUAUCGCUUAUCAUGUCGUUCACGUUCUUUGUUUCGUGCUCCUGUGUGACACUUUUAUUGGGCCACCAUCUUCUUUUUCUUCUUCUUCUUGGCAUGGAGACCAAGAUACUUCCUGGUGCCAAUGCUGUGCGUCUGCGAAAAGCAAUCGGAACUGGUGGGAUACAUCAGGAUGAAGUUGGAGGAUCCAGAGCUAGUAAACGACUCUGCGCCUUCGCGGCAGACCACGAGUACGAUGAGGAUGGAGAUACUGUUAUGAUAUCUCCUCCGGAGGACAAGGCGCUUGAACCGACGAGUAGUUCUGUGCCAACAUUCUUUGGCCAAACUACUGUCGCGGCACCGAGCCGCGUCCAGGCUGAAGCGCGGCCCACCGAAAUUGAAACUGAAAGCUCCUCUAGUAGGAUUGCUGUCAGAACAGGAAUCGCUAUUGGAAGCUCUUCUACAACAACUACAGCACAUGAAGGUCGUGGAGGAGAUGGGCCAGACCUAGACCUAAGGCUCGAUCAUACAGUUCUCAAUUCAUUUCCAACGGGCAUUUUCUUCGGUUUCCGUCUUAGGACUCGGGAUUCUGAAGAAGUGAAGGAAAGAAAUGAAUGGUCUUGACCCGCCCUAAUAGACGCACCUUCUGGGGAAAGGCUGAAGAUAUCUUCACGAGGGACCCCUUCUUCAAUAGCAAGUUGUUGUACCGUUUCAGCAUCGAACCAAGAAGACCGUGACGCCACUAUGACUACCUUCUCCUCCAGCUGCAAAAACAAUGUGGGCGAGAAGACCCCCACACAUUUUCAUCAGCUAGGAGAUGAACACAAGAAUAAAGAAGAUGGCGACAAGACUUCUAGUACUUUCAGCGAUGAGUCUACUUCAUCUAGCUGUAUUAAUCAUACACAGCCUCCUCCUCCUCCGCCUUUCUACAGUGUGUCUCGCUCGAUGCCUGGACGACGUCUAGCCAGGGAGCGGCCAAUUAACCAUGUUGCACGACUCAAUACCGCACAAAAAUACUGGCAGUCUGAGGUGCAUGCCAAAGGCAAGAGCGCGGCGCGACUGGCAGAACAGCAAAUGGGGAUGAACCAGCCGACGCACCCUUUUAGUACAACUAGAGCAAGUUGUAUGCUGGGAUCAAUAGCAGAAGGGGAGACUACAUCAAAGAGGUCGUGUGGUGCUGUAGUAGUAGAUGCGGUAACUACCCCGCCAGGAGAGGACCUACGUAUGAGCAACUACUUCACGGAGUUGGCCACCUUUUUGAAUGCGCGAGAUUCCGUCGCCCAAAAAUAGUCAUGGGAAGACGGGCAUCGUUCUCGGUGGCAGGUACUUAUUGUGUACUUAACUACUCCGGCCUUUGCUCCUAGGUUUGAUCAUGUUAAAACCGUAGGGGCUUAGCGUAGUGCGUUACGGAGAUUAAAAGCUCGCCGGCCCCUACGCCGGUAGCUAUGUGGAAAAUAUGUAGGCAGGUUCUCCCUGGAACUCGUCCGCCAUACAAAAAAAGAAUCUUCAUGCUAGUGAGCAUAUGUCAAAAAAGUACAAAAACUUUGCCACACCCUCAGCAAUUACCCCAGGUGGUGCCCUCAGAUACAUGAGGCUCGUUAAGGCGACGCGCGAGCACAGCAUGGUGGGCAUACUGCUUCAUCAGCUAGAAACCUCCAGUAUGCCCCUGCUCUAAUAUGAUUACGCGUGCUUCGAAUUAGUUCGUGCGCAAACUAAUUCCUCACAGUUUGUUCAGUAAGUCCAGAAAUGAUUAUUGGAGUUUUUUCACGUUUCUCAUAGACCACCAGUGGAAUCAAGUAAAGUGCAGAACAUACAAUUCUUACUACUCAUCCUCCCUUCCCAACAUCCCUCCCCCACCCAACCUCAUUCCCCCUCACCCAUCACCAGCCCCUUCCCUAUCCCAUCCCGACAAGCAAGCCAGGUGUAAAAGGUAGUUGAGAGUAAAACUAUUCAGCUAAAAUCUCGCGUGGUGCACGUGCAACAUCAUAUUUGGAGUGCUGUCCUAAUUCCUAUUGAUUAUAAUAUGCUGGAUGCACUACUUGAAGUACAACAAUACCCAACAGCCCAACAAGGAACACCAGUCAGGUACCAGGAGCUGACAUAUCGGAACUAACAAUGCGAAAUUAUCACCACUAGUACCAUACACGGGCUGGAGGAAACGACUACCAAGAUCAGUGCACUGGAAAAAGAAGGGGAUCAACAAGCAGCCCUAGGAGACAUAACAAAACUUAGAAGUGAAACGGCAAGAAAAAGCUCAAAAGUGAAGCGCAAAGACAUAAGAAAAUGCAACUAAAUAGCAGCAUCUACCACUCAAAGAAGCACACAUAAGUACUACAUAUAUAACACAGGAAAGGAGUUUUCGUAAGCAGCAGUUGACAAAACCCGUGAAAGUUUGGACCUGUCCUUCAUUCACAGACAUCAUUGUUUUUGGCAUUGUCUCUUUCAUCUUUUGCGCAUAUGCUAUCAUUUUCUCUGGCUGAUUACCUCUGCAUGUGGUUCUCCACUUCCUUCAUCGAAGGAAGUUCUACGCAUGCACAUAAAUGAUUACACCACUGCACAAGGGAUAUAUUUACAGAUAACAGAAAAAAGACGACAUUGACGCGCAAGAAGGACGACGCGGCCCAAGAAUAUAGUUAGUAGUAUAGUAAGACUGCAGCUUUCUAUUGGGCAAGCUAAGACAAAGGUGUGGUACAAAGCGAAAGCACACAAGAUAAUUACUACUCACACAUUACGGCAACGACCCCGGGAACUGCUAAAGAGUCACUUUCAUGCAAGAAAGAACAAAUGGAUGACGACGAGGACGAUCCGCAAUAGAUCUACAAGCAAACGCCAUAGAUCACAGAGGAUGUAUAGGC